AUGAGGAGCCUCCGAUCCAACAGACAGGCCAGCCUCAUCCUCACCGAAUCCAACAGGUCCUCCCUCGACCGCUUCGUCCAGAACCAAACCGCCCCCUACAACAAAACAGCCACCCCCGGCCAGACCGUCUUCGACAAGGCCAUGGCCGAGAUUCGCAGCGGCCGCAAGACGUCCCACUGGGUCUGGUUCGUCUUCCCCCAGCUCGCGGGCCUCGGCGUCUCGGCGCUGAACCGCUACUUUGCCCUCGCGUCCGUCGACGAGGCGCGUCGCUACGCGGCGCACGCUGUGCUCGGGCCCCGUCUGCGCGAGGCUGUGGAUGCUGUCUUGCGCAGCGAGAGACGGAUAUGGUGA